CUCUGCUGCUUGCUUGCUUGCUGCUUCCUCGGGAGAAGAAGACGAAGAAGACGAAGAAGAAGAUCUCCAGUGCAGUCUCGACGCGGUCAGUCAGUCAGACGUUGUUAACCAUUGGAACUCCCGGAUAUAUACUCUACGGUACGGAAAAUUAAGAAAGAUGCCAUCCUUCUGCAGGCCCUGUCCGGGCGCUACGGCUCUUGCCGUUCUCCAAUCCAAAGCUCUACCGUUCUAUGACAGCUUCUUCAACAACCCCCUGCCGUACCUGCUGUCUUCGCCCGUCGAGGCGAUAGAGAUGCACAACAACAGCGCAACCUCCGCCGAGAUACAGUCAACAGCAACAGCGGCAGCAGCAAAAGCAACAGCAACAGCAACAGCAACAGCAAAAUCAUCAGCAACAGCAACUGCAACAUCAUCACCAUCAGCACCACCAGCACUAUCAACAUCAACAUCACCACUGCGCCGAGUCGAAGACAUGGACGAAGACCCCUCCACCAACACCGUCACCGCCGGCGUCGCGGGGGAUACUAGUCCCCGCUUCCCCCCAGACGAAGAAUCCCGCCUCCUCACCGCAGCGCACCUCCAAAAAUCCUCGGGCAACACACUCUUCCAGACAUCGCACUACCUGGCAGCGAUCGACGCGUACACGCUGGCACUACAAAGCACGCCGACGUACUUAUCCCACGAGACGGCAAUCCUGCACUCGAACCUUUCCGCGUGCCACCUGAAGCUGUCCGCGCCCACGCUGGCGCUGGAGCAUGCUGCCGAGGCGAUCCGCCGGAGGCCGGGGUGGACGAAGCCGCUGCUGAGGCGCGGGAAGGCAAGGGAGAUGCUCGGGACUUGGAAGGAGCUCGAGACGGCGGUAGGGGAGUAUGAAGACUUGUUGGGGGUGGGGAGGGUGCGCGAGCUGCGGGAGGGGGAGAGGGUGGGGGAGAGUGUCAAGCUCGAGGCGGACCUGACGGAGGCAGAGAGAAGGGAGUGUGUGCGCAGCUUGGCGCGGUGCAGGAAGGCGCUGGAGGAGGUGCGGGCGAGCGAGGUGGGGGAUGCGAUGAAGGGGCUGAAGACGCUGGGGGAUGGGCUACUGAGGCCGUUUGGUAUCAGCACUAGCGACUUUGGCAUGAAGCCGGAUGGGAAGGGAGGGUAUAGUUUGCAGUUUCAGAGGGGCGGCGGGCAGGCGUGAUGUUCGUACGCGGUUUGGUGCUUGUUUUUUUGUGAGCGGCGGCGUUAUGGCGAAUGGCAAUUGGCAAUGCGAUACUAUAUACACCCACUGGCACAGCGAGAGGGCGAGCGAGGUCUGUUCCUGCAUUCGAGUUCGGGUUAAAC